GAAAGCUCGUCUGGCCAGGAUACGAUUAUCAAAGAAGGGAAGCUCCACCGCCUUCCUGCACAGCAAACGCAACGGACUCUUCAACGAAGUUCUGGAGCUCACGCACCUUCCGUACAAGAUGAACCUCUCAGAGCAGAGUUCCACUGAGGAGGAACAACAGUUGAGUAAGUCGACUUCUCUGUUAGAGAGCCAACAUCACCACCUGCUGCACUGUCUGGAGAAAACCACUAACCACGAGUUUGUGGACGAGCAGUAUUACCAGCAGAGCUACCUGGAGGCGGGGCUCCAGAACUACUCCUCGCAAAGCCCCUCCCUCUCCAGCCAGGACGGCGUGACGGGAACGUGCUGCACCCGCCGAAGCAAGAAGCACCACACCCCCUUACCAAACGCCAGCGGCCCCGCCCACAUGCCACCGCUGAGACACACCCACCCACGUGGUCUGCAGGAGCUCAGCACCAUACACAUCCAACCACUCAGCACCAGUCGCUCCAGUCUGAACAUGCGCGUGGACGACGCGGCACCGCUGAACUGCCAGAGCAGCCAGAUCACCACGGCGAUCAUCAGCAUUCCCACGCCGCCAGUAACCACCCCCGAGGGCGACGCCCACCUGCCCGUGGGCCCCGCCCACCAGAACGUUGUGAAGGUGUCUGCGCUGUGAAGACGUGAAGAAUUUAAGGAAAGAAAAGACUCCCGGAGACAGACUGAGGGACAGACUGAGGGACAGAGGAGGACUGAGGACGACGACGACGACGAUGAUGAUGAUGAUGAUGGUUCCUAGUCUUAGCUGUGGUGGAGCCUGCCCUCUGCUGGUCGAGCGCUGUGAUGGCAUGGACUCUCUGUGCAGACAGAGGACGGCUUUCAGAAACAGUGUCUUCAUGUUAGUGGUCGGCCUGCAUGUGUGCGUGUGUGCGCGUGUGUGUGUGUCUGAGACGAGUGUGUCACCG